AUGAGAGGCUUAUCGACUUCCUGGGUUCUCGCUGCUCUCUUGGUCGCCGGAGGCGUCGAGGCACAUCGCAAGUCCCUCUCCUGGGGCCCCAACCUCCCCCACGCCAGUUUCAGCACUAGCUCUGCUUCCUCCCACCUUGCUGCCCGCUCGGUGUCGGACGCUCCUGCCUGCCCAUACGCAGCCGCUCAUGCCUUCCUUGAUUCCCGCUUCCCCAAGGCAGCAGCCGAGGGCUCAUCGUACACCGUCCGCAAGGACUCGUACACCGACAAGCGCACCGGAAUCACCCACGUCUAUGUUGACCAGCUUCUCAACGGCAUCCCCGUCGCAGACGGCCACAUGAACCUGAACGUCCACAACGGCCGGAUCAUUUCCUUCGGCAACUCCUUCUUCAACGGCCCAGCCCCAGCCCCUUACUCUGAUAGCGGCCUCGCCGCUGACCCUCACCGGGAGUACUGCGCAUACCUUGGUGGCGCUUUGGAGGAGCACAGCUUUGCCCAGGCACAGUCUCAGACUGUUUUGGGCAGCAGCCGCCCAAGUGCCCCGGCGCUCGAGGACCUCGCCCACCUGCACGACUCCAACUGUGGUUCCCUCUUCCACCCGCCGCUUGCUACUGACUCGGAGGCAUCCGCUCAGUCGGCGCUUCUUGCCUUCCUCGCUCAUGCUACUCCCGACAGCGGCCUCGCUUCUUCCCUCCGCAAUGACCCGCACGCUCACCUCAACGAGCUGACGGCUCAUGUCAACCCUGAGGACAAAGACACGCUUCUCAUUGGCGGUGCUCCUGGCUCCGUCAGCGACGUCAAGGCCCGCGUCGUCUACGUGCAGAUUCCUGACGGCAAGGGUGGUGUUGGUGUUGAGCUCGUUCACCGCUUCGAGGUCGAGAUGCAGGACAACUGGUAUGAGGCUUACGUAUCCACCGCUGCUCCCCAUCGGAUCGUUUCCGUCGUCGACUGGGCUUCCGAUGCUCCGACGCACAGCCACCAGUCCAACCCGGCCCGCCGCCCCCGGCCCAUUUUCCCGCCUGGUGAACUGAACGCCCGCGUCAAGGGUGUUGGUCGUCCCAGCUUCCCUACGAUCCCCAUCGCGGGUCUUGGACCCGAGGCGUUCAUCAGCGCCGAGAUGGCGGCUGAGCUCGGCGCUCUCGAGCACAUGGUCGAGGAGGUUGUCGAGCACGUUGUUGAGGACGCCAUUGAGGGUGCCCUUGCUGUUGAGCAGCUCCUCGAGGGUGGUGCUGAGGCCUUCCGUGAUGCCCUCCGUCACUCCCACUUGGACAAGAUUGCCCCCGUCCCCAAACCUGAUCAGCCUCCUGAAGUCCCCUUGGCGACGUACAAGGUGUUCCCCUGGGGCAUCAACGACCCCGAAGAGGCCGAGACCAAGGUCAAGACCAAGGGUGAUCUCCGCAGCAUCCAAGUUGAGCGCGUUGACACACUGGCUUCUCCCGCCGGCUGGCACGCCCUCCCCUACAAGAACGAUCCAGCUGUUACUGGUGACGAGCCUAGUCUGCCGUUCUGGCAUCAGACCAACACCACCUGGGGUAACAACGUGUUCGCUCACGAGAAUUGGGAGGGUCGCAAUGCAUGGGUCUACAACUCCCGUCCGGUCUCCGUCCCCUCCGAGGACCCUGACCACAACGACGCCAAGGGUGGUGCCUUCGUCUUCGACUACGACCCCAAGGUCGGCGCCACCCCUGAGGACCGCAUGGAGGACGCCCGCGGCCACAUCGACGCUACCGUCACGCAGCUAUUCUACACAGCGAACAUGGCGCAUGACCUGUUCUACCGCUACGGCUUCGACGAGGUGUCCGGUAAUUUCCAGCAGUAUAACUUCGGCCGCGGUGGUCGUGAGGGCGACGCUGUCAUUGCCAACGCACAGGACGGUUCUGGCAUGAACAAUGCCAACUUCAUGACCCCUCCCGAUGGCCAGAACGGUCGCUGCCGCAUGUACCUCUGGAACACCGCCGACCCCUACCGCGAUGGUGACAUGGAGGCUGGUAUUGUCGUCCACGAGCUCGCCCAUGGUCUGUCGACACGUUUGACUGGUGGCCCGCUCAAUUCUGGUUGUCUCGGCUGGGGCGAGUCCGGCGGUAUGGGUGAGGGCUGGGGCGACUUCCUCGCCACCACCAUCCGCGCGGAGGCACCCGUCAAGGACGGUCUCAAUGACUACGCCAUGGGUGCCUGGGCCGCCAACCGCCCCACCGGCAUUCGGAACUACCCCUACUCGCUCGACAAGGCGAAGAACCCGAGCACGUACAAGACGCUCGACAAGCCCGGCUAUUGGGGUGUCCACGCCAUCGGCGAGGUUUGGGCUGAGAUACUCUGGGUUGUUGAGGACAAGCUCGUUACGAAGCAUGGCUGGGCCGCGGGCCUCUUCCCGCCCGAGGCUGACGCGAACGGCCGGUUGCCCGAGACCGCAUUCGACAAGGAGACGGGCUUCUACCGCCACCCGGACACGCUUACCGCCCUCCCCACCCACCUGCGCGCAAGUGCAAGCGGCAAGGCGGACGGCGAGCAGCGCCUCGUGCCCAAGCACGGCAACACGCUGCUCGUGCAGCUGGUCAUCGACGGCAUGAAGCUGCAGAAGUGCUCGCCGGGCUUCACGGACGCGCGCGACGCGAUCAUCCAGGCGGACGAGGUGCUCACCGGCGGCGAGAAUGUGUGCGCGCUCUGGGAAGGCUUUGCGGAGCGCGGGCUGGGUGUUAACGCGCGCGUUGACGGGCGUACCCCCUGGGGCGGAGGAAUCCGCACCGAUGGGUACAAGGUCCCCACGGAGUGCGGCGGCGAGGAGGACCCUACGCCGGAGCCGGCGCCCGAGGACCCGAAGGACCCUGAUGACGACUGUGGUCCUUUUGGCUGGUGUUAG